AUGGAGUUUUUCUUUGACAUGGCUGGGCCUUCACACUUCAGUGACAACAAUAGCUGUGAUGUCACCUUUGAUGCCGAGGAUAGCUUAACUGAUGCCGAAGCUGGAGCAGGGGUUGGUCAAGAUUUCAGCAAUUUCUUGAGCAAGGAGAACUUGACUGAAGCUGAUCAGAUGCAGAUACUGUGCUGUGAAGUGCUGUGCCGGAUAACAGCAUAUGAUCCUCGGCAGCUUGAUGCAACCAGAAACCAAGUUCUAAUCCGGGCAGAGAUGGAUAUGGAUCUGGUUGUCUCCAGGUUAUUGAAGCUCAUCAGCUCUGAGUGUUAUCAUCCCGGCUCGAGUGUCUGUGUGCAUUUG